AUGUUUCUCAACACAGUUCUAGUGGUCCUUACAGACCUGGCUGCCAGUUUUCUUGGAAACAGUGUUUUUCGACGGCACUUCCACCUGUUGCUGUCAGUGCUGCUCAUGUUUGGGCCUGGGCUCAGCUUUUGGGUGUCCCAGCACAGCAUUUUUGCCAAGCGGACACACUUCAUGUACAGGAUUUUUCUGCGCUCAGGAUGGGGUUGGACCUGCGUCUUUGUGGGCUCCUUUGUGUUUGUCCUCUCCUUCUCUAUUCGCCGCUCUUUGACUCUGUCCCUCCGGCACCUGUCCCGCCUCCUGCUGGCAGGAGGGUUGUGGCUUGGUUUUUGUAAACUCCUGGACUUGUUGGAGAAUGCCACUGGUAGCUGCUAUGAGCCGUUAGUGGGGACCUCAGAUGUGACCAGCGGUCUGCCACUACUGGUCCUGCAUGAGGGAGAGAUUCCCUACACAGCUUUUGGGAGGGGCUUUGGGCUGCUUGAGCUGGAGGGUCCUGUACCAGGGAUGGUACCGGAUGGGUCCAAGCUGGUUCUGUCCAGGGAAACCAGGUCAUGGACUACUCAACAAGAGCUGCUUGAAUGCAGAAUAGAAGGGACACUCUGA